AUGCAAAAGAAUGUGGCUCCCUUUUUAAAUAAGGUUUACAAUAUGGUGAAUGAUCCUUCUUCUGAUGAUCUUAUUCGUUGGUCUGCGGACGGAAAAUCAUUCUUUGUAGUUCGACAUGAAGAUUUUGCAAGAUCUGUGCUUCCUAGAUUCUUCAAACAUAGCAACUUCUCUUCUUUUGUACGACAACUCAAUAUGUAUGGUUUUCACAAGGUACCUCAUUUACAACAUGGUGUUCUACAUUCAGACAAUGAUUCUGAACAGUGGGAAUUUAGUAACCCUCAUUUUCAACGUAAUCAACCUGAUCUAUUAUUACUUGUCACCAGGAAAAAGGGAAGAGAAACUGACGAAAAGGAACAACUAACAACAACAAACAAUAUUGAUCUACAUCAUAUUCUGGAAGAAAUCCAAGUCAUCAAGCAACAUCAAAUGAAUAUUAGCUCUCAACUGAAAAAUAUUCAAAAUGAUAACUCAGUACUCUGGCAAGAAACCAUAUCAGCUCGUGAAAGACAUCAAAGACAUCAAGAAACUAUCGACAAGAUCUUACGCUUCUUGGCAUCUGUUUUCUCGAAUGACAAAUCUAUGGCUAUUCCAAGGAAACGACGAUUUUUAUUAGAAGCUCCUGAUUCUGAUAACAAAGCUCAACAAGAUAUAGGUUAUCAAUCAUAUGGAAGUUCAACUGGAGAGGAGAAUGACUGUGGACGACCAACAAAAGUGAAUAAAACUGGAACAACGCCUGAAUUCAAAUUGGAAGAUUAUGUUUCUGGAUUACAAGGAUAUACUGGAAUACCUUCAUCAUCCACAACUCUACCUGCAUCGCUAUCUCAAACCAAACCAUCAACAAACCCAACAUCUGAACUUGCUGAUGCCAUUGCAUUAAAUGACAAAUCAAAACAAUCUUCAUCCACCCCUGACACCAUUCUCACAUCAGUACCACAACAAUCAACUACGCCCACAAAUACUACUCCGGCUCCUAUCAUAACUCCAUCUAGAAAUACACCCUCACUACCUCAAGUUUCCAACAAUAUAGAAAGUCUAGCAAAAACUGCUGAUGACAUCAAUAGUGAUAUCGAUACCCUUGGUUCGAAUAUUGAAGCUCUUGCUCAACAACUUGGAUUCGAUCCUACAAAAAGCAAUGAUGAUCUUCUUGGUUAUGUUGACAUGGACAAAUUUUUACAAGCAUAUGGUAAGGAAAAAAGAUGA